UUGAGGUCGUGAGUUAAACAGAAAGAAGAACAAAUGGUAGCCUACACCUCCAGCGCGGUUGUGGGUCUCUAUGAAGCAUAUUGCUGAAACUAUUCACGUUAAAUGACCACACUGCCCGUUCACCAACACUUCCUCCAGAGGAAGCACGGGACCCUGUGCGCUCCGCGGGAUUGGUCCAUCACAACAUCGGGUGUCUGCUCUCCGGCUGUCACACCGCUAGCUAGCUGUCGUGGUACAGACGUGACUUGAACCGCAGCUGAAGGAGAAUACACCCAACAAUUCUGACUUGUUGCCUAAAUAACACGUUAAGGCUCCCAUCUGAUGGAGCAGUGGUUGUCUGUCUUUGCUAAGAAGAGGCACCAUGUUCCCUUGUCACGUGACGCCCUGGCCCACCGCUGAGCCCCCGGCCUCCUGCGGUCAUGCGCCCCAAUCACAAGCCUCAAAACCUCUGCCUGAUCUGCUGUGCAGCUGUCCCGCUCCACCUUUGAACACCCACUCCGAAACGCCCUCCCCAGACCCCAUGGAGUCCCUCAUCGUGGUCACAGAAUACGAACCCAGCAGACCGCCCGGAGAGGAGGAGGUAGAAGACAUGGACAGUUCGGAGACGCCCGAGCCUGCGUCCUCUGUGGCGGCUCCUUUCCGGACCCCGUCCUGCGACCUGCUGUCCCACACGGUGGGCCGGUCGGAGGCUCUGCUGCCCGGGAGCCAAGAGCAGAGGGGGAGGUUAAGCCUGUCGGACAGAAAGCUAUCUCUACAGGAGCGCUCGCAUACAGCAUCGUCACCCUGCAGCUCACCGGGACUCAACGGGCGCCAUAUUUACCCGUCUUUACCCUACUCUCCCAUCACGUCGCCUCACUCCUCUCCACGCCUGCCUCGCCGGCCCACAGUGGAGUCCCACAGCGUUUCCAUCACAGACCUCCAGGACUGCGUUCAACUCAACCAGUACAAGCUGAAAGAUGAGAUUGGAAAGGGCUCCUAUGGUGUUGUGAAGCUGGCCUACAAUGAGGAUGACAACACAUACUAUGCGAUGAAGGUGUUGUCCAAGAAGAGGCUGAUGAGGCAGGCAGGUUUCCCACGGAGACCUCCGCCUCGUGGAGCCAAAGCAGACCCUGAAGGCCCCCCUCAGCUCAAAGGACCCCUGGAGCGGGUCUAUCAAGAGAUUGCCAUCCUGAAAAAGCUAGACCAUUCCAAUGUGGUGAAGCUAGUAGAGGUUUUGGAUGACCCCAGCGAGGACCAUCUGUACAUGGUGUUUGAGCUGGUCAAGCAAGGGGCUGUCAUGGAGGUGCCCACAGAUAAGCCUUUCAGCGAGGACCAGUCACGCUUCUACUUCCAAGAUCUGCUCCGGGGAAUCGAGUAUCUACAUUACCAGAGGAUCAUCCACAGAGACGUGAAACCCUCCAACCUGUUGGUGGGAGAAGACGGACACAUCAAGAUCGCAGACUUUGGAGUCAGUAACCAGUUUGAGGGCGCUGAUGCUCUGCUGACCAGCACCGUGGGAACGCCCGCCUUCCUCGCCCCCGAAGCUCUCUCUGAGACCAGGAAGAACUUCUCUGGAAAGGCUUUGGAUGUUUGGGCCAUGGGAGUGACACUUUACUGCUUCGUCUAUGGAGUGUGUCCUUUUAUGGACGAGCGCAUCGUGAGUCUUCAUCAGAAAAUCAAGACGCAACCUGUGGAGUUACCUGAAAAUGCUGACAUCUCAGAUGAUCUCAGAGAUUUGUUGCUGAAAAUGCUGGACAAGAAUCCAGAGACCAGAAUAUCAAUCCCUCAAAUUAAGGUGCACCCGUGGGUGACGAGGCACGGAGCUGAGCCUCUUCCUCCGGAGGACGACAACUGUUGUAUGCUGAUCGAGGUGACGGAGGAGGAGGUGGAGAAUUCUGUGAAACACAUCCCCAGCCUGGCCACAGUGAUCAUGGUGAGGACCAUGCUGAGGAAGCGCUCCUUUGGGAACCCCUUUGACUGGGCCCGUAAAGAGGACCGCAGCAGCCUGGGUGCUCCGGGGCCAACGCUCACGAAAGGCAGAGCAGGCAAUGUGAGAUACUGCUACAUUCAUUGUAACCAAACAAGGAAACAGGAGAGUGGCGACGGCAUGAGGACUCUGGAGCUGCCCUACGUGGGAGAGGACGAGGCUCUCUCCUGAUGCAGAGGCUUCCUCACGCACCGUGUUAUAUAUCUUCCUGCUUGCAAACACACCCCUUUACUCACAGUUUUAUACUGGCAGCUCACACUUGUGUACAUUUCCUGAAAGAUGGACGUACGGCGGGCGCAGAAAAAAAGAAGAAGUUAAGGAUCUAUGAACAAUUUUAAAGAUUUCCUCUCCUCUUAAAAAGGCUCAGUUUGCAGGUCGUGGGUUGGAUUGUUCCAUGAGAGGAUCCUCUUCAUCGUUUAUUGCCUGACCCACUCUGCCCCUCUUCAUCCCGCAUGCGUAUAUAGUCCCAGCAUGCUUUGUCUCAGGCUUCAACUGUACAGUGUUUCCUUGUAGUCUAGCCACUUGUGUUCUCCUUGUCUUUACUCGACAAUUCUUUCAGGUAUACAGGGCACGGGAACAGGUGAUGGUGAUGGGUGUUAUGAGGAAGGAUGGUUGUCUUCAUCAUCACCUCGACUUCCUCUGUAGGAGAGCAGGUUUUCUUGACGAUGAUUGUCUGGUUCUCUCUGCUUCAGAGGAGCAGGGCCCAGUUUUGUAACAUAUAUACAGUUUUCCCAAAAUGAAAGAAAUGGGAGUGAAGAAAUGUUUACUUCAUUGAAUGCAUGUGUUUACGUUCCCAAUGCAAACACCCUAUAAGCUAUGUAUGAUACAUUUGCACGCUCAUACUUGUUCGACGCAAUUUUCACCGUCUCUUUAUGAAUUUACUACAAUCAAUAGAAAGCUUUAAAAUAGUUGAUAUAUAGUGUUUUGUGAGCCAUCACAUUCAUCAUACUGCUUAUGAGAUAGCAUAGAAAAUAAUUAGAUCAUUUCUUUUGCAAAGCAAGUUCUUUUAGUAAAGCUUUUGAUAUGAUUUUAGGUGUUUGCUGUAUAUUUUUUAAAGUGAUAGUUACAACAAAUUGAGUAAGGAUGGUACUGAUCUACCAAAUGCACAUGAGGAAAGAAACGAAUGUGUUGGUAGAAACAAUCUGUCUGCAAUGGUUCAAAUGUGGUUGUUUUUUUACUUUUCCAGUUAUGUGGUUGUGUGUUGUGAUGCUGAGUUUCAACUGUGUCAUGUAUUUGUUCCACUUCCUAAAGUGGAUGUUUUUUUAAUGUAGUUAAAACAGAAAAUCAUAACUAUUGAACCUCAAGUUGAAAUUGUGAAUUACUGGUGUUUUUUUCAAAACUGCACAUUUUCAGGACACCAAAAAAACGUCAAAUUAUGUCUACCUUUGUAAAGUAGAGUACAGUAACUUAAAGAAAAACGAACCUUUAAACUACUUUUGUUCUUAGAGCAAAAUGUACAGCACUAAUGUACGUUUUGAGGAGGAGGCAUAGUGCAGCUGCAGGCUCUUUGUACAAAUCUAUGCAUGUAGAAAAAAAACAUAGUCUUCUUUAAUCAAGGCCGCCCUGCAAAUAUUUCAAAUGAAUUGUAAAUUACUUUUCAAUUGAUGUUUUACUUUUAGAAGAUCCCAAAGCAGUAAAACAAUUGUUUCACCUUUUCUUCCCCCUUUGUUUUCUAAAAUACAUUAGUGUAAAUGUAGAUAAAGCAUCUCCAACAUAGAAUAUUGAUACAAUAUUAAAUAUAACAUGUAAUGCUUCCACAUUUUAAUUAUUCAGCACUCUUGUGUUGAAUGUAUGAGAAAGGGACUCCAUUCACUACUUGCAUGUCACUCUCGACUGUCAGUUUUCUAAGACUGACACUAUGCAUACGAUGUGGCUGGAUGUGACUGAUUCUAAUUUGUUUUGUUUACCCAUGUGUUUCCAAAAAGAUGCAAUUAGGUCGUGCUCCUUACAGUAAAGUGCUCCAAAUCCAGACAGUUCCUAAGGCUUUAGGAAAUGAUUUUCUCUGUACUUAAUGAUAACUUAACUUAAUGAUAUUGCUCAAUAAUGAUAGCCAAUUAUGUUUCAAUGCCCUUUAUUAAGACAGGUAACUGCAGACAUGCCUCAAUUUGUGUUAUACUUUAAAAUGUCACCUCAUUUAAACAUUCACAGACAUUUUACAUUCUGAAUGAGUUGCUUUUGUGGUACAAGAUGAAUUUAACUUCCCCUUUUGAAGUAGUGUUGCCCUUCAUGAGCAUCAAGAAUAAACUGAUGAACAGUUUGGGUCUGACUGGUGCAAGCCACAGGAAAGCUGUAAGAUUAAACAUUUUAUAUAUAUAAUAUUUUAACUUGUUGUUGGUUUUAAAUUCCCUUUUUUCUCAGAGGGCCAGGCUAAGUGAUUCACCUUUAUUAAUCACAUGGUUUUGCAUUCUGUAGUGUACAUUUAUUUGAGCUUUGGGGUCGCUUCUCCCCUAAAUGCAUGCCAACAUACUGAACACAUACCACUGUAUUGUCAUAGCAUGAGAGGUCCUUGGUAAAACAUGAACGAGACCUUUAAACUAAUUAUUCUAUACAUACUGUAUCUUGUUCAUCUUUGAAUAAAAUAUUAUUGCCUUUCUGAUGUUUUUGAGCUUUGUAUCAACAGUUCCUGAAAUACACCACUAGUGUGUGCUGUGUACCAUAAUAUUUCACAGGCUGUAGGGUACUCCUGAGAGCCUGAAUAUCACAUUGUGUUCCUUCCCUGUAUAUGACAACAGAACAUAUGUGCCAUAGUUUGCUUUAAAUUUAAUGCAUUUUAACAUCUGCUGGAUUCAUACUGUACAUAUUAUAUGGGCCAUUUGUUA